AUGAGUGGUACCGAACUGUCCCCAAACUGUGUUGUGCAUGCUGAAAAGCCCCCAUGUGCAUUGCGCAUUGUACGUGACAAGUAUGUUAUAUUAGGAACGUACGAUCUUGACAAAGAAAGCGGAUUACGGACGGGUUCAAUUGAGAUCAGAGACCGCGAAUUAAAGCUAGUACAUCAAUAUAACACUUAUGGGGCAGUUCUGGAUCUUAAAAUUUGGCCUUUUGAUGACACUUUGGUGGCGAGUGCUCAUUCCACGGGAAAUGUUCAACUAUGGAAAAUACACAUGGACGAAGAUGAUACUUUCCAGAAAUUAGAGUCACUCGCUAACUUGCAACUUUUUGAGCCCUCGGUGCUGAUAACCUCAUUGCACUUCUCCCCUGCGGAUCCCCGCUGUGUAGUUGUGACUGCAACUACUGGUGAAACAAAAGCACUGGACAUCGAGCAGUUGUCGUCGACUUUCUCAGCGGAUGCGGUAGGCAGCGCUUACGAGAAAACCGAGAAACAGCAUAUUCAGGUCCAGGGCCAGAACAUAGUGGCAACAGAGGUUCCAGGUAGACUUUUCGAUCACCAGCACGAACUAGAAGGCUGGAUAGCGGAAUUUGGUAUGCUGACGCCCUUCGACAACGUGCUAUUUACCGGAGGUGAUGACGCCACUAUUGCAGCUCAUGAUUUGCGUUCUGGAAGCAACAUAUGGGCCAAUUCGAGAAUUCAUGAUGCCGGAGUUGUUGCCAUCAAAACCAGCACACCGACCUUCCGCCAUUCGAAUCCCACCAGUAUCGUCACAGGGUCUUAUGACGAUCACAUACGGACACUAGACCUAAGAAUGUUGGGAGAUAGCAUUUAUCCGGGUCAUAAUAUACCGCCGGUUAAAAAAAAUAGCCUGAAUCUAGGGGGCGGGGUUUGGCGUUUUGUCGAGUCUCCACAGAACUCAAGCGCUAACAGUUUAAACAAGCUUCUGGUGUGCUGCAUGUAUGACGGUGCCAAAAUUGUUACAGUGGGAGAAAGCGACGAACUCACUGUGGAAAGCUGCAUGAAGAAAAACCAUGAAUCCAUGUGUUACGGUGGCGAUUGGAGCGCCAACAUGAUCGCAACGUGUUCAUUCUACGAUAAAGUUGUUCAAGUGUGGGACCAAGCAUCUUGA